UUAUGUUAGUUCACGAGUAUCCUGCAGAUGGUCUCUCAAACAUGAUGCCGCCAUUUUCUUCUUCAGUUCUGCGUUUUACAUUCCAGAGAUUGCAUCGAGGCAAGAUGUCGUCCGAAAGUGGUGACGAGAGUGAAAUGGCUUUAAAUGAACCUGUACGACGUACACGAUCUGGUCGUGCACGCAAGACCCCUGUCGUGGCCAAGAAGUCUCCUGCUAAGAAACUUCUAGCAAGGGCGACACGUUCCCCGAAAAAAAUGCAAGAAAUCGAAGAGGUCGAGGAGGAGCAGGAACCCAUAUUGCAAGAGGCAGUCGUUCUAGAGAGUAUUCCAGAGAAUGGAGUACAAAGGUUCGGUGACAUUAUCAUUGAGCAGCAUGCAGAGGAUGAUUCCACUAUGUUGCACUUGGAAUUGGAGGAUUCUGGUGACACUGCUGUUCAUGAAAUCAAUAUGAAUCAGAAUAUAGAAAUAUCAGAAGAGCAAGAGAAUGUACCUGAUUUAGAAACUACUGUAACUGAAAUUGUCCACACUGAUAAUGUGUCAGAUCAUAUGAUCAUAGAAGAGAGCAGUAUGGAUAAAGUGGAUAUGUUGACUGAAAGAGGACAAGUAGAAAUGGAAGGACAAGACACUAGUAACGAUGAAACAAACCAACAUGUGCUGAUAGAUUUUCAAGAAGUUAUAAAUGAAGAUGGAGAAACCAUAAAUCAAGUAACAGAAAUUUUGGAGACAGAGGAAAUUGAAUCUGAAACUAUUAUAAAUGAUGAUGCUGGGAUGGAAGUUAUGGAGGUGGACAAUUGUCAACAAGAAGCACCAGAAGUUAUUGAGAGCAUGGCAGGAAAAAUUGAACCUGAUACAGAAAUGGCAGACACAAUGGAAGUUUCAGAGGUAGCAAAUACAGAUGAAUGCUCACCUGAGGAUGCUAUCAAGAAAACGGAACCAGACACAGAGGCUGUGUCUGAAGAUGAACUGCCUACUGAAGCUGCAGCAAAGGAGCCUGAAACAGAAGCCGUAUCUGACGAAGAAUUGCCAGCGGCGGCCCCCGCUGAUUUGGGAGAGACUGAGUCCGUCUCUGAAGACGAGUUGCCACCAGAUAGCGAGAAGAAGAAAAAAAGCGGAAUAAAGGCAAUGAGCAAAACUCCUGAAAAGAAAAACAAAGCGGAAGGUGGAAAUAAACGCAAAUUAAACGCAGAAGGAGAGUACGACCCUAGUUCGCCAACAUCCGAGAAUAAUGAUGAAACGCCAGCAAAAAAAGUAGCACUCUCGGUUGAAGCUGACGAGGGAGACAAUAAGCUAGAGACUAAACCAGCAUCACCAAAGAAAAAGACGUUGCCAGAGUUGGACAAGUAUUGGAAAGCUGUUAACGAGGAUCCGUCGGAUUUCACAGGAUGGACGUAUCUUCUUCAAUAUGUCGAUCAAGAAAAUGAUGCAGAGGCUGCACGCGAAGCUUAUACCAAAUUUUUGGAGCGUUAUCCAUAUUGCUACGGUUACUGGAGAAAAUUUGCUGAUUACGAGAAGAAGAAGGGCAACCCCGAAAAUGUCCAAAGGGUAUUCGACCAAGGUUUGAAAGCUAUUUCGCUCAGUGUGGACCUUUGGCUCCAUUACAUCAACCACUGCAAAACCGUCUACGAAAAGGACGAAGAGAAACUCCGAGAACAAUACGAAAGAGCUAUUCAAGCGUGUGGUCUUGAGUUUAGAUCUGAUCGUCUUUGGGAAAGUUAUAUAAAGUGGGAGUUAGAAGGCAAACGUCUCAGCAGAGUAACAGCAUUGUAUGACUGUUUAUUAUGUACCCCCACCCUUGGCUAUAUCUCUCACUUCGAUGCAUUUCAAGAGUUUGUCUCUUCGAACUUACCAAAUCGUAUUUUAAGCGUUGACGAUUUUCUCGCACUGCGCGCUGAAGUAAAAGCGCUGUUAAAAUCAGACGACAGCACUUCCACUUCCGCGGCUGACGAUGCACCACCAGGCGAAGAACCUCCACCACACGAACUUCCACCUACCGACGAAGAGACACGUGCUAUCAGAGAGAAAAUUAUUAGCAGUAGGCGUAAAAUGCACAAAGCUAAUAUCAAUGCAGUUGCUGCGAGAUGGUCAUACGAAGAAGGCAUUAAAAGGCCAUACUUCCACGUAAAACCUUUAGAACGAUGUCAGCUGAAGAAUUGGAAGGAAUAUCUCGAUUUUGAAAUCGAGCAGAAAGAUCAAAAUCGAAUAAUUAUUUUAUUUGAAAGGUGCUUGAUAGCCUGUGCUUUAUACGAUGAAUUUUGGAUGCGAUUUGUUCGUUAUUUAGAGUCGUUGAAAGGCAAUAACGUUGAUAAAAUUAGGGACGUGUACUCCAGAGCAUGUAUGGUGCAUCAUCCAAAGAAACCAAAUUUGCAUCUUCAGUGGGCGACCUUUGAAGAAGGUCAAGAUAAUUUCGAAAAAGCGGCUAGCAUAUUGGAAAAUAUCGAUAACGUAUUACCAAAUAUGUUACAAGUGGCGUAUCGAAGAAUAAAUUUGGAACGUAGAAGAGGGGAUUUGGACAAAGCCUGUACAUUAUAUGAAAAUUAUAUUAGCAAUAGUAAAAAUAGAACGAUCGCAAAUAACAUCGCUGUUAAAUACGCACGGUUUCUCUGCAAAGUCAAAAAUGAUGUGGAUAAGGCAAUUAAAGUAUUACUGAAGGCUACAGAGAAAGACAAAGAUAAUCCCAGACUCUAUCUACAAUUAAUCGAUUUAGGGAUGCAGAGAACUCCUGUCGAUACACAAGAAAUCGUAGGAUACAUGGAUAUGUUUAUAGAACGAGAACAUGCUGACCUCGAGCAAAGAGUCCUUUUUGCACAACGUAAAGUAGAAUUUCUCGAAGAUUUUAGUCCUGAUAUUCGACAAGUAUUGAAAGCGCACGAACAAUUCCAAAAAUGCAUCAAACAAGCAAAGGAACGGAAGAAGACGAAAAGCGACGAUGCCAAAACUGAUACUUCUCCUCCAAAGAAAGUCAAAACGGGUGACCAAUCAAGCGUACCACUGCCGCCUUCUGUUAGCUCUCAGUCAUCUUACCAGUACAGCAGUGGGCCAAGCGGACCUUACCAAUCGCAGCAACAAUUUCAGGGCGGCCAGUAUGGCGGCCAAGGCGGUUAUCAACAGGGUUAUCAACAAUAUCCGCCUCCGUCCGAUCCUAACUAUGCAAAUUAUCAGAGUUGGCAAUAUGGGCAAGGUGGACCGCAAGCAUACGGGCCAUAUAAUCAGUGGGGACAUUACAAUUACUAUUAGUGGAUAAAUACAAUGGUUUUUUCCUGUAUCAGCUUUUCAUUGCGUUGCUGUGUCUACUGUAUAUUUUAUAAUCUUUAUUCUUCUUUCGUUCGCGGAUGAUUGACGAGGAAAGGAAAUGAAAUCUUUACAGUAUCAAUGACACAUCAGUGACCUGACACGAAUCCUAAUGCUACACGUCGUACUGAUAUUUUCAUUUGCUGCAGUAAACCGAUUUUUUCAUGCAGUUCUGUCUUAACGUAAUUUUAAAUAACAUAGCCGUACAGGAAACACUGAUAAAUUUACGACUGUUGACGAAUAUGUAUUGCAAUUGUAAAACUAAACAGGUAAUCGACUUAAAUUGCCAUACAGUACGAAAGUGAAGUACGCUAUAUGUUCUACAUCCUUAAGCAUGUAUUUAAAAAAUAUCUCUUCGUAUCUGCAUUGAAUUUGCAUCAUAAAACUUUUCACGUUUUUGAUAGUUUAUUCCGUGACAUCUUAUUUUUUCAACGAGAAACUAUAUGUUCCCCUUAACUUGUAAUAAUUGUUCCUUUUCUUGUGCGUACUUAGUUUAUAAUGAUAAAGUGUCUGAUAAUGGGCGUCAACGUAUCGCGUGAAGAACAUUAGAGAAUAUAUAUACAUAUAAUUGGGAGAAUAGAUAUUUUAAUGACUCGCAAACGCUAUGUAAGCGUAAUUGUUAGAUAUUCACGGAAUAAAUGUUGUUGACAUUUGUCGAUACAAUUUUGAUAAACGUGCGAAUCGAAAAACGCGACUACGUUUCUAUAACAUUAUCAAUUAUAGAAAAAAGUAUGAUCAUUGGUUAUUAGACCUUGUUAAAUUCUUUAGUUUACAGAAGCGUAUUAUGUCCUACGCUGUAAUUUCGCAUUUGUCUAGGAUUUGAAUUCAGUCGUAAAUUUGUUUUAGAAGUCGCAUAUUAAAUGAAUUAUUUCCGUAUGUGAAUUUUUAUAAUUUACAAUAAACGAAAUUUAUAAGUACGCAAACACUUAUAACGAUGACAGCUUAUUUCGUUUAUAUUGAUUUAGAAUUUUAAGGUAAUAUAUUUGUGAUUGUCAAAAUAAGAAAAUAUAAUUUUAGAUCAUAUUGUGAA